AUGCUAGUAGGAAAAUUGCUGUCCAUUCAGCAAAGGGUGGUCAAAGGGUCUCGAGAUGGAUUGCUGGGUACAUCUGAUUUGAAAUGGGCAAAACCUGAAUUAGAGGGCUAUGUCAACAAGAUCUCUGCCAGAUUUGAUAUAUCAACAAGGAUUGACAUUAUACACAAACAAUUGGAUUAUGCAAAGGAAGUUGUUGGUACUGCCAGAAAAUAUACUUGA